CGACAUCUUUUAAUCAAAGAUACUUAAUCUAAAACAGCAAAAAGCAAUACUUAGUCAUCAGCAAACUCUCACAAAACCUCGCGAAGAAGUUUGCCAAGGGUCAGUCAAGCUGCCGACAUUGUGAAAGAUUCUCUCCAUCGCAAUCCGCAGUUAUAUAAAUUAGAGACCGUAGAAUUAUUUUGAGUCGCACUGAACGCGCCAAGCCCUGUUUUUCUAAAGCAAAUAAUAUCACGAAAUCUUCCGUAAUUAGAUCUUUUAGUUGCAGAAUUAGAUUUUAAAAAUGUCUGUUAGGUUCUUGCCCAUAGUGUUGGGCGCUUUGCACGUAGCGAUGGGUGGUCCGGCUGUUACUCUACAAGAUUUGGAAAUGGCAGAUGACACUGUGUCAGUUGGUUCUUAUAUACGGGAAGUGAGGGCAGCUGCGCCCGACGACUGGCACAAGUCAUACGAGAACGAAGGUGACGGUGAGAUUGGUUACUCUCGAAAGAAGUCUGGUGGCGGCAAGAAGGGAUACCAACACUUCGACUCCUUCCACAAAAAGGCUGGCGACAAUUACGAAUUCGAGAAACAGGACUCCUACGGCCUCGACAAAGGAGAACAAGAUGGCGCCUACAGCCACCAGGAUGAGAGGAAAGCCGAACAACGACGAAGGCCAAAAGAUGUUGAAGAAAUCGAUCACAAUGACGACAGAGCAGAAAUAGGUCAUGAAGAUUUGAGAGAGGGCGCUCCAGAUGGAAAUGGUGGAGUAGAGGCUUACGGCCACGAUCCUAAGGACUAUAUUCUUCCAGAAAAAUACACAUAUGGUUCUGGUGAAGAGGACUUUUAGUAUAAGGCUGCCUAGCUACUAGAUAAAUGUAAUUUCUAGACUGAUAGAAGUUUAUGUUUUUUCCAUUAGAUUAACUUUUGUAACCAUGUAAUUGUAAGAAUAAAAUGCUUUUUUAAAUGUA